AGUCCUGCUUUGCAUGCUUGUCCUUUGUCAUUGCCUUUUUUCCUUUUCAACAAAGGGACACCAGGUGCUGGGCACACAGAUAAACUCGGACGACUGAAGGAACUUUGUGAGCAGUAUAAUAUGUGGCUCCAUGUAGAAGGUGUGAAUUUGGCAACUUUGGCUUUGGGCUAUGUCUCCUCUUCUGUACUGGCGGCUACCAAAUGUGACAGCAUGACUCUUACUCUGGGUUCCUGGCUGGGUCUCCCAGCUGUACCUGCAGUCACACUCUACAGACACGAGGACCCGUCUUUGUCCUUAGCAGCUGGGCUGACAUCAAGUCAGCCUGUAGAGAAGCUUCGUGCUCUGCCACUUUGGCUCUCCUUGCAGUACCUGGGCCAUGAUGGGAUUGUGGAGAGGAUAAAACAUGCAUCACAACUAAGCCAAAGGUUGUUGGAGAACUUGAAAAACCUGGAUUUCAUUAAAACUUCGGUUGAGGAUGAACUGAGUUCACCAGUGGUGGUUUUCAAGUUCUUUCAGGAGUAUUCAAAUAGAGAUCAAACCUCACCUGCUGGACAGGCCUCAACUGCUCCAAACCCCAUAAUAAGCAACGAAAGACACAUUUAUGACACUUUCAAUCAGUGGCUUGGAGAGCAGCUGGCACAGCUGGUUCCUGCCAGUGGAGUUGAUGUGGUGGAACUGGAAGAUGAAGGCACAUGUGUGCGUUUUAGCCCACUAAUGACUUCUGCAGUUUUAGGAACUGAAAUACAAGAUGUUGAUCAGUUAGUAGACUGCUUAAAAAUGAAGAUACCAGUAUUGACAAGUACACUACAACUGAGAGAAGAAUUUGAGCAAGAAGUGAGAAGAACAGUAGGGCUGUUGUAUAUUGAAGAUCUUAGCUGGCCAGGCUUAGGUGUUGUAAGAUACAACUACAACAGUGAUGGGAAGAGUGAUGACAAACAAGAAAAAGAACUAGAAAAAAUCAAUACAGAACUUCUGAAAAAAUUAAAUGAACUGGAGUCGGAUCUCACUUUUUCUUUGGGUCCAGAAUUUGGAGGGCAGAAGAACUGCAUUUAUAUCAGUAUGGUAACUGAGGAUCUGGAUGUGUCCGAGUUAGUAGAAACUAUUGCAGCAACAGGCAGAGAAAUUGAAGAAAAUUCAAGACUGCUGGAAAACAUGACUGAGGUUGUUAGAAAAGGGAUACAGGAAGCACAGCUGCAGCUUCAGAAGGCCAAUGAGGAACGGCUCCUGGAAGAGGGACUGCUGCGGCAAAUACCCGUAGUAGGCUCGGUGCUGAACUGGUUCUCUCCGUUCCAAGCCUCGCCAAAGGGAAGAACAUUCAAUUUAACAGCAGGCUCUCUAGAAUCCACAGAAUCUACGUAUGUAUCAAAAGCCCAAGGAACAGGCACUACUCCACCACCAACUCCUACUUCCAGCCUUGCAAAGCAAAGACUUCCUGGUCAGAAAAUUUUUAAAAGGUCUCUGAGAAGUUCUGAUGCAUUCAGUGAGACCAGUUCAGUCAGCCACUGUGAUGACCUGGAGAGGACGGAUCAGAGAUCCCCAGCUCUGUCCCCUGGCCAAGAGCAAGGACCUCUAGGGACAGAAAAAACAGAGGAGCAGAAGGAGGUGGUACAGGCAGCAAAGACAGACACUGAGGACAUUCAGAAUGACAAGUCACCACAUGACUGCACAAAGGUAGAGAAACAAGAAAGUCAAAGAUAG